AAAUAAUUUGAGGAUGUAGCAAUGUUGAACUAACUCCGGAAGAUGUUGAGGAGUCAGAUCGAGCACUGUGCCACCCCUGUCUGGUACAGCCACUUCCGACCUAUCACCUUCGACACCUUGUUCGUUCACCUGACUCCUGAUUUCCUGGCUUAUCUGUCCGCUGACGGUGUUGUGCUGCCUCCCUCCCUCAUUCCUUCUCACCCCCACAAUCAGCAGCAGGACAGCUCCGACAGUGAGGUAGAUGAGGAAGAAUGGGAAGAGACUCCGCAAGCAACCCAACCGGACUUCCCGGACCUGGAGGAGAAAGUGAGGCUAGCAAUAGAGCGUCUUGGUGGAGAAGCGUUUAUCAAGCUCAACUGGUCCGCGCCCCGUGACGUGAGUUGGAUGUUGCAUGAUAAUUCCCUCUGCUGCCGGACCCCGCUGGAUGUUAUCCUGUUAUUGAAGGGCAGCGAGUUUAUUCAACAUGACCUGACCCAGGCGUUUAUGGAAUGUACUGAUGGUAUCAGCCAGACACCCACAGGAGGGUUCGUCCUAACGAUACGCAGGUUCCAGAGCAUAACCCCUGCUGGAGAGUUUAGGUGUUUUGUUAGGGCUAACAACCUGAUAGCUGUGUCCCAGCGGAACCACCGCCAGUUUCUCGCCUCCAUCCCUGCCGAUAGAAUCAACAUCCUGAACGAUAUCCAGCACUUCUUUUUCAACUACAUCCAGGCAAAGUUCCCGGACCCUGACUUUGUGUUCGACGUUUACAGAUCAGGACCUCACCAUGUUAUUCUGGUCGACUUUAACCCGUUCUGCAGGGUCACCGACCCGCUCCUCUUCGCCUGGGAGGAGCUCUGCGGGUUGACCCCGGGCCCACAGCCCGUGUUUAAAGUGGUUGAAAACCAGGAGAGUAUCAAGGGUCACCCUUACGGCGCUAACAGGGUCCCACAGGACAUUGUGAGCAUUAAUAACCAGCAGGAAAUUAACGAGUUUGUGAGCAUGUUCAAUAAUGGCAAGUUUGCGGGCGACAGUGACGAUGAUGACUUGUGAGACAGAUCAGGAGGAUCAGGAUAGUCGAUAUAUCCAGUGCCAUCUCCUUAUAUGGGCAUCACGUGUCAGUACCAUCGUAUCUAUAAGGACAAUGUACCCAACUUAUUAUUUUUAAGAGUCACAAGUUCGAAGUUACGAAGUUCUGAGGAUGGAUGCAGUUGUUUGAAAAUGAUUAGACAGAAAGGGAUGUUUCUGGAUAUAAGAUAACGUUAUUUAUUACUGAAUUGUAAUUAUCAAUUAUAGCUGAUUUUUAUAGAAUCUGUAUGAUAUAACCAUUUCUUUUUACAACAUUUUUGAGAAGAAUAUGCGUAUGAAAUAGCUGAUAAUAUAUACAUAGUAAGAUAACGGAUGCUUUACCUCUAGUAUUUAAUUUAGUCAUCGGGUGAAGUCGUUUUAAGUUUUAAUUUUAUAUUAUUGAUUUAUUACAUAGAUUUAUGAGGUCACCGUUCAUGAACAAAGAUUACAAUGGCCGCAUUGUUGCGCAAUAAUUUAUCUCGAAUGACAGUCUUUUCCAAUCUGUAAUUAAUUUAUCUCAGAAACUUGUGCCACCUGACUCGUUGAAAGUUAUAUAAUCGUUUACCACAACUGAUAGCUAAAUGUGAAUGGUGCAUUUUAAUUGAGAGCCGAAAUUUUAAAUCCUUUUUCUUUUAACUUUAAGUUCUUUUUAUUUAACAUUAUUUCUUGCUUAUUUCACUGUUU